UCACCCAAGCCGAAGAAAGCCUGCCUCAACUGAAUAUCUGUUGUGAUCUCAUCCACAACUUGCCAAGCUUUCCUCCGUCUGCCUCACUCUCCAUCACGCAACUGAAAACUCAAGACUAUGCUGGCUCGACACCCUAGGCUACUAAGCCUGCCCACCCUGGUUUUGGCCAUCGGCCUUCUCUCGAAUACCAUCAUGUCUAUCAAGUUCGACCUCCACGCUAGUCAUUCACCUACACCACACUGUAUAUGGUACUAUGCUAUGACCGAUACUUUGGUCGUCAUCUCAACCAACAUUGAAAACGGUGAAAACCAGAAGGUAGAUCUCGAGGUCAUCGAUGGCUCAACCCACAAGAACGUCUAUCAAUCUAAGAAAGAUCUCCAAGGAGAGACUCGAAUAGCAAUCACUACCCAUAAUGAUGCCGAUCUGGGUGUCUGUUUCACAAAUCGACUCGACUCACAUGUCCAUCCCGCCCGUCCACCUCAAAAACGGAGUAUUGAUUUCGAUGUCGACAUUGGUGCAGAUGCUGUUGAUUAUAACGCGAUCGCUAAGGCUGAAUCAUUGUCCGGCCUGGAAGUUGAGAUGAGGAAACUCGAGGGAAUCGUACAAGAAAUUGUCGAAGAACUAAAUUACUUGAAACGGAGAGAAGCCAAGAUGAGGGAUACAAACGAAUCAACAAAUGCCAGGGUAAAGAAUUUCGCAAUCCUAACCGUAACUGUCUUAAUUUCAUCUGGAAUUUGGCAGAUCUGGUACUUGAGGAAGUUCUUCAAAAGUAAACAUUUGAUUGAAUAGAUUCUUUUUCUUCUUCUUCUAAUCUUUCUUCUGAUCCGGAAUACAAACAAUCAACCAAGACAUUAAACCAUAUCAAACCAAUUCAAUUAGUUGGAUUUUUUUUUCUAAUUUUUUUCCACAUACGCCACAAAUAUCCUAGCGAAUUUUCAACCAAGUGGUUCAGACAAGGAUCAAGUGUUGGUGAAAAUCUGACAUAUUUGUCAGGCAUGCUUCAAUUUGUUGCUCCAAGUUUUUGUCGUACCAUGAGCCAGCUCGAAAGGAGGCAGUAUUUAUGGAAACUAAAAUGCCUACUUAUUUGAAAUUG